AUUCUUUGUGCUCUUAGCAUAUGUCAGGCACCGUUCUAGUCUCAUUACAUAAAUUAACUCAUUAAAUCCUCUGGAUGACACCAGGAGGUAGGUACUAUUAUUAGCUCCACUUUGCAGACAUUUAGGGAGGUUAAGUAACUUGCCCAGGGUUACACAACUAACAAUUUUCAGAGCCAAGAUGUGUACUCUAGAGCCCGCGCUCUUAACCAAACCACUAUUCUGCCCCUCCUGAAGCAACUGUUCAUAACUUUGGGGGGUGGGUCACAUGCAACCUCGAGAGGGUAAUUAAAGCUCUGCACCCUCUCCUUAGGAAAAUGCAGUUAAGCAGAAUCUUGCUAAAUAAUUCAGACUUCAAGGACCCCUAAGGCCCAUCACCCAUUGACCUCAUACAUACUGGAGGCAACUGCCCAGAGACCAAAGAGAAGCAGCGCCAGCGCCGCAAGACUACGCCCCUGCAAAGCAGGAGAUAAGCUGAGCUGCGUGGUGUGACGGGGACGCUUGUUCACUGAGAGUCAGGAACCGUGAGCUCCAGGGACUGCAGUGCCCUGAGAACGCAGCGGGUCGCUUAGCUUCCGGAGUCCGGUGGCUGAAUGAGAUACUCACGGACCACCGGCUAGAGGGAAGUCUUGCGUCCCUUCCAGCAUCCUGGAGUCACGAGACAGGGGACUGAGCCGACUGGAUCUCCGAACUCCGGUGCCGGGCGCACAGGGACAAGCCGCUGUUCCUGGUGCUGAAACGCGGCGGACAUUGGGUGCGGGGCCCGCCCGCCGCGUGCUGAGCCGCCGCAGCUGCGGUAACUGUCCGGUGCUGAACCCGGAUGCAGCCAGGCCCGCGGGGCUGGGCCCGAGCUUGCUGUACCCCGCGGAGCCUAGACGGAGCUUCUGGGAGCGCUGACGCGGAACGCUGGGAAAGCGAGGAGCAGUGGGCUCCGCGCCCGACAUGGACCUGCAGGGACUCGACUCCCACCAGCGGGGCGCUGGCCCUGACUUCAGCGAGCACGUCCUGCAUAAGACCAUCCUGGUGGGCGACAGCGGCGUUGGGAAGACAUCUCUGUUGGUCCAGUUUGAUCAGGGCAAGUUCAUCCCAGGCUCCUUCUCAGCCACCGUGGGCAUCGGAUUCACAAACAAAGUGGUGACCGUGGAUGGGGUGAGGGUGAAGCUGCAGAUCUGGGACACAGCCGGGCAGGAGCGGUUCCGCAGUGUCACCCACGCUUAUUACCGAGAUGCCCAGGCCUUGCUCCUGCUGUACGACAUCACCAACAAGUCUUCCUUCGACAACAUCCGGGCCUGGCUCACUGAGAUUCAUGAGUAUGCCCAGAGGGAUGUGGUGAUCAUGCUGCUAGGCAACAAGGCGGAUGUGAGCAGCGAAAGGGUGAUCCGUUUGGAGGAUGGGGAGACACUGGCCAGGGAGUAUGGCGUUCCCUUCAUGGAGACCAGCGCUAAGACGGGCAUGAACGUGGAGUUAGCCUUUCUGGCCAUUGCCAAGGAACUGAAGUACAGAGCCGGGCGGCAGGCCGAUGAGCCCAGCUUCCAGAUCCGAGACUAUGUGGAGUUCCGGAAGCAGCAGGCCAGCUGCUGCUCCUUCUUGUGAAUCCCAAGGGGUUGAGAGGAGGCUCCAGAGGCCCACAAGGAUGCAGCCUUCUCCCCCAGACCUGGUUUAUUCUGAGUAGCUGAGCCAAUGGGGAGGCAGUCGGGGGCCCAGUAUGCAGCCCCUUCCCAAGGGGAAGCUGUAUUGCCACCCCUCCCAUUGUUCCUGUAGCUUCCCUGCAACUGGAAAAGGGUAAUAUAUUUAUAUUUCAUUUUAAUGAUACAUAAUGUAAUACAAAAGAAGGGCACCAGGAAACCCUAGGAAGGGAACUGGUGGCCCCUUUGCCUUCUAAUACUUGAACUUUGGGGGCUGGACCUACCUCCCAGCCAUGAUGAGGGUGCUAUUGCUCCAGCUCAGCACUAGGGGGCACUGAUGCACCCCUGGGGUGUGAGGCAGGACCCUCCCCAUUCCCACCCUUCGGCUGGAGAGGCUGAGCAGACACCAGCCCUCAUGUCCUCCAGCUCCCUAGGGAACAAUCUUCCCCAGUAAGGCCCGUUGUGCUGGGAGGCUAGACCAAAGCCUCAGGCAAGAUAAGAGAUAUGGAGAUUGGGCAGCCUCUCUCCCUAGGAAAGGGACAGAGGACUAGCAGACUUGGUCUGUCUGUUUGGCCUUACUAGCCCCACUCUGGGUGGUAUACCCCUUUUCCUCCAACCCAUAAGCACAUUGGGGUGCCUAGAAACAUUUGGUUCCUAUUCUCUGGACCUCAGAUCCCAGGGGAGCCCUUUGUCUCUGAAUCCCUGGUCUUAUCUACUUUUCUGCCUGUGCCCCUAGACACCUAAGGUCACAGCUAGGCAAAGGUUUCUGUUCAGUCCCAACCCUUUGGUAGGUAUGCAGCCCCACAGGCUACUUCUGCAAGCAGCUGUUGUGCAUCUUCUGAGUUAAAAGCCAGAUAAGGAGAAAUCCCUGGCUCCUGGGGAGGUGGGAGGCAGAAGUGAACAAACCUCACCACACGCAAUCCCCUAAAUCCAAGCGCUGCCUUCUCCCUGACCACCCGUGUCCUUUUCUUCUUGGACACACCAAACUGCUUUAUCUUCCAACUCCUACUGAGCCAGGUUAGGGAGUGAGAGGUCAUCCAUUUCUGGGUAAACCAACAGGAGGUGUGCAAAACAAGGUCAUGUAGGUGAGACUGGGGUGGGGAGAGGAGCAGCAAGGAGUUUAUGUGGGGCCAAGGUCACAUGUCCUAAAGCCCUGACCCUAGCAAUUGCAAGUGGACAGGAAGGAGACAUGCAGGCCACGGCCUAGAGAUACCUUUCCUCCAGCUCUCCAGGCAGGGGCAGGGGAGAGGGGUGAGAAAGAAGUAUGCACUGCACAUUUCUGAGGUUACUGCAUUUGCUUUCAAGGCAGAAAUCUGCUCUCUGAGCAGUCAGCAGCUCCAACUUGGGCCGGAUAAGGAAGCUCUCUGAGGCCUCUCCCUGGCACAGCAGGGAGGAGCCUGACUUUGCCAGGCUUUUCUGGGGCCCAAGGCAGGUCACAGGCGAUCCAAUCAUGUAGGCUGCUCUGGGCUUCUAGCAUAUGUGUUUUUGAGAAUUAAAUAGCAGUAUUUUGUGAAGUA